GAACGAAAACAAAACGCAACGUAGGCAGCAGCAGCAGCAGAAUCGUUGGCGUCAAAGAUUAAUCUUUUUUAGAGCAACGUCGAGUGAGCACUGCGCAAAAUGUUUAGACACGCUAGCGACGCCAUUGCGAUCACAUCAAAGUAACGGCUUUAAAACAUGGUACUCGGCUGCUUUGAAUGCUGCAGCCGCACAGGCUACGACACGAUUGGAAAUACAGGUCCCCGUUUCGGUGUGCGUCAUCUGCAAUGCAUUUUGGUAUUCUUCGGCCUGGCAGUGGCCUAUGCCAUGCGCGUGAAUCUGUCUGUGGCGAUUGUGGCUAUGACGGAUAGUAAUCAUACCAAUCCGGAUUUUCCGGAGUUCGCGUGGGACGAGAGCAUCAAAUCGUAUUUGCUGAGCAGCUUCUUCUGGGGCUAUGUGGUCACCCAAGUGCCGGGCGGCUAUUUGUCCGCAAUAUUCGGUGCAAAGUAUAUGCUCUUCUUUGGUGUGCUUAUCUGCUCCUGUUUGGCGCUGUUGACGCCAUUCUGUGCGCUGACCGGCGGCUGGAAAAUGGUCGUUGUGCUGCGCGCUGUCCAGGGACUCUGCCAGGGCGUCAUCUUUCCCUCCACGCAUACAUUCCUCUCGAAGUGGGCGCCCGCUGAGGAGCGAGGGCGUCUCGUGGGCUACUGCUACUCGGGCUCACAGUUUGGUACUGUGGUUAUGCUCUCUGUGAGCGGAUACCUUGCAUCCUUGGGCUGGCCCAGCAUAUUCUAUAUUUCCGGCUGUGCGGGCAUUCUGUGGGCCUUAAUCUGGUUCUACUUCUGCGCUAGCACGCCCGCCCAGCAUCUGACGAUUACGCCCAAUGAGAGGCGCUACAUUGAGACCUCUGGCCAGCUGCGUCGCGCCUCGGAUGCGGGUCGCGAAGAGUUUGCGCCACAUCAGAAUCUGCGCACGCCUUGGCUGCGCAUCUUUACAUCGCCACCGUUCCUGUCUCUGCUGCUGGCGCAUUGCGCCAACAACUGGGGCUUCUGGACGCUGCUCACCCAGAUACCGACGUUCAUGAAGAAUGUGCUGAACAUGGACAUCAAGCACAAUGGGCCGCUGUCGGCGCUGCCCUACUUCGCCAUGAUUAUACUGACCUGCGGCUUCAUCUGGCUGUCGGAUACGCUGAAGCGGAAUGGGAGUAGCAUGUCGCUUAACUUCUCGCGCAAAUUCUUCAAUUCGCUUGGACUGUGGCUGCCCAUGCUGGCGCUGCUGGGUCUGGGCUUCAUCACACAGGGCGAUGCGAAUGCCAAGCUGGCGAUUGGUUUGCUCACCUUGGCCGUUGCUACCAAUGCGGCCAGCUAUUUGGGCUUCCAUGUGAACCACAUCGAUUUGUCGCCCAAUUUCGCUGGCACUCUGAUGGGCAUCACCAACUGUGCCGCAAAUGUGAUGAGUAUUUUGGCGCCGCUCAUUGUGGGACUCAUUGUUAAGGAUGAGACGGAUCCCACGCAAUGGCGCAUUGUCUUCUACUUCACCGCUGUUGUCUACUUCGUGGGCAACCUGGUGUUUAUUGUGUUUGGACGUGUUAGUGUGCAGCCUUGGGAUAGCCCCAGCACACGGCAGGCACGCCCAUCGCCCACCCACGGACAGGAUGAAGCAGAGCGGUCGCCUCUUAUUGAUUCCUAAACAAUUCGAAUUUAUUCUUUUCAGGGUGAGUCUGAGCUUGAAACUGAUGUACCUAAAUUAUAGGGUAUUUAGAUGGAAUUGAUUGUCGCUAUUUUAUGCUAAUACAAUAUAGAAAUAGUACUACGUCUAGUUAUACAUGUCAUAUUAUAUACACUACUAUAUUUAAUAAAUAUAAAACGCUUUUUGUGUGCUUAUAGCGGAAA